AUGGCUCUGCGCCUCCUCCUGCUGCUGGUCCUGCUGGCUGCUACCCUCCUCACUGCCCAGGCUCAAGGCAUUGGCAGCUCGGUCUCGGACUGCUGCCUGAAGCACAGCCGGAGAGCCAUCCCCAGCAGCUGGGUGAAGUCCUACAGCAUCCAGGGACCUGAGUCGGGAUGUGUGCUGCAUGCUGUCGUGUUUACCACCAAGAAGAACAAGAAAAUCUGCGCCUCUCCCACCGACCCCGCUGUCCAGAAACUGAUGCAGAACCUGGACAAGAAGGUCAAGAAUGACAAGAAGGACAAGAAGAAGGGACAGUCCCCACGUCCCAGGGGCAGACCCAAGCGGCAGAGGCGGCAGCGGGUCUAAGUCAGGCCUGAAGAGGACGGAUGCCUUCCCCACCGAUGACCGACCCACUGCCUGGCAAUGGACAUCCACAGACCACCCACCCGCCUGCUGGCCCCGGGGCGAGGACGGGGCUGGCUGAGGGGGCUGCCCUCUGCUCCACAGCCCCCUCGGCACUGCCGUGCCUGCUGCAGAGAUCCCCCCAGCCGGGACCCCCUCCACCGGCUGGGUGCUCUCGGCGGCGGGGGGCACCCAGGUCCUCGCUCGCCCCACAGCUACGGCAGCGGGGACCUGGACCCGCAUGGGAGCUGAGCUGCAGCCCCAAGGGGAAAGCAGGCAGCCUUCCCACCAGAGGGGAUUUUUGUAGCCUGGCAGGAUGGCAGCUUUUCCUGUGACUUUUUUGGAGGGUUUUAUACAUUGGUAUUUAUAUUUAAAGACUGUGCUUUCAUUCAGUCUUCCUGGAAGGCUCUGCUUCUGGCUCCUUGUGCUUCACAGAGUACCCUUUAUGCUGCAGGCUGGCUUUUCUGGAAGAUUACUCUUAUUUUUCUACCAAAUAAAUGAUGGCUGCAUUUCAUUUCCCUCUCACCUCUUUGCUCCUUUUUGGCUUGCAGGGCUUUGGGGUGCCAGGCAGGUCCUAUGUCCCCAUGGUCCUGCCUGGGCUGCUUGCUGGGCGCUUCCUUGCAGGGCAAUUAAUAGUGGCUGAGAUGGAGAGUUUGGGGACAGUGGGGGUGACAGUGUGGCUGUAUGUCUGGGCUGUUCUAGGCUUCCCCUUUGGCUUUUAUAGUGUGCUGUUGCAGUGUAGUUUGUAGGAAGAUAGUCAGGACCUGUCCCUUUGAUUUUUUAUUUUUUUUAGGUACAAAACUGCAAUGAAAUCAGAACAACUUGUUCGUUUUAGUGGAAUUUUACCCUUUUAUCUCCCUUGGUUUUGCUGUUGUCAGAGAUUCAGACAUUAUUAAGCCAAAUGCUUUGUUUCCUGAAAAAAAAAAGAAACUCUCAUAUACUUUCUUCCCAAGUCUGAAAAGCCCACAUAGUGAAAACGGCACAUGAGACUGUGCAGGUAGGGGAAUAGAAGACUUUGCAAAAUUCAUUGCAGACAUGCUGCAGCCGUUUGAGAGCAGCUCUAUCCCAAACCUUCAGUAAAAUGAGAAGUCACUAACCUGAGGACACCGUAAGGUGAGACUGCAAGUAGAGGGGGGACAGACCUCUGGGACAGGGCUGGUGGGGAAACGGCAUCUCCCCUGUGCUUGCAAACCACCUCCAGCAUGCUGAGAAGGAGCAAGGGAGCUUGAAAGGCUGUGCCGCAGCUGUAGUGCUAUUAUCUGCUUGCAGAGUGUUCAGACGUGGACUUUGGUCAGUAAAGGUCUAGUAAGUCAUAUAAUCGCAAUAAUAGGAUUUGCGGGGCUUAACAGUAUCAGCAAAGGCUGUGUGUUGGCUGGAGUAAAGUUUGUAGCUGAGUGUUUCUAUCAAGCACAUUUAUCUGGCUAGAUUGCUUAUUAGGUGGGCAUUUAGGUCUACUAUUUUAAGGCUGUGUAAAGAAACUGUGAAGUCCAAGAUACCAGCCCUGAGUAUGGGACGGGUGCUGAGCUGGCUCCGUGCUGCCCUCUCCUCCGCGUGGGAGCACACGGCCAUCUGCCAGAUUGGCUUUUGGACAGGAUGUGAGGCAAUAAAAUAUAUCCUUUACA